AAAUACAACCUGUCAAUUCACAAACGAGCCAGACAUAAAUAAUUUUCGCGCCGCUACUUCUGCCUGCACUAAUUCCUUUAAAACAAAAUAAAUUGCUAUUUAACAGGUCCAAUACGAUUACUAAUUGUUAAUAAACAAUUGUUUCUUUUAUUAAAAAAAUGCCACCUCAAAAAAAGAGGGAAAAAGACUUGGAUAUGUACAAAUUGAGUGGCAUACAGGCCGAUCAGGAACUAUUUUUACAAGCAUUCGAAAAGCCCACUCAAAUCUAUCGUUUUCUGAGGAAUCGUCAUGGCACAAGUCCAAUAUUUUUGAAUCGAACACUGAGCUUUAUGAAAGACCGAAUGUCAAGGAGUAAUAAAAAGCGUUCGAGUUUUAAAGUAAACACACUUCUCGACACGAUUUCACAUAAAACUGAUACUGUGGGUAACUAUUUGAAUAUUGUGUUUAUGGGCCUCUUUGACAAGAACGAAGAAAAUGAGGAGUGGAAAACCGGAGACAUGGUCAACGUUCACACGACAAUGUUCAAAAUAACAAAAAAUAAGCGCAAAGAGAGCAAUGCCGAUUUUCAGGAGAUUUUGACUCACAUUUCAAGUGUGACUAUAAAUCCGCCAGCGAAUGUCGACAAAUAUCCAGCAGUGUGCAUUCCAAUGCAAGCUUUGCGUCCGCUGAGCGAUCAACACACCAUUUACAAGGUGUUAUUCAGAGUCGAAGUUCUGCCUAUGUUCAACAAUAAUUCUGCCUUAGGAAACGACGAAGCCGACAUGCCUUCAAAGCGACCAAAACUGCGUUCAACAAACUUUGGAUGCGAACUUGUUGUUUUUGAAAAGAAUUGUGGAAGUAUCGGGGAAGGAGAGUAUGAAGCUGCCCUACAGGAAUUUUCUUCAACAAGUCUCAAGUGUUUUUCACCAAAGAAAAGAACAUGGGAAACACUACCUGACAGUUACAUCCCAAUUACCUUAAAAUUCGAAGUCUUCAAUCAAUGUCCUAUGCUUAAAUUUCGAUUAAAUUGGUCAAAUGUAUCCAUAUCAAACUUUGUCGAUGCUAAGGAUAUAUGUGAGAAUGUAGUCCCCGACAUGCAGAACACCGAAAGCAAUAAAACACCUACAAAUUUUAACAACAACAACGAUAAUUCCAUAAGCAUGCAGCCAAAUGCCUUGAAACCCAAAAAUGUAGUUGAAGAGAAGCUUCAAAUAGUUUAUAACUUUAUCUAUAGCAAUAACACACGACAGCAAACGGAAUACACCCAGGAGGUGGUAUGUCCGUGGUGCGGACUAGAUUGUUUGCGUUUGUACGCCUUAUUAAAACACUUAAAACUGUGUCAUGCUCGAUUUAACUUCACAUAUCAUCCAGCUGGCAACGGAGCCCGAAUAGAUGUAACAAUCAAUGAUUCUUAUGAUGGUUCAUAUGCAGGAUCACCGUAUGAUUUAGUGGGCCCAUCUGGAUGUUCAUUCGCGAGGACAUGUGGGCCAGUAAGGCGAACAUCUGUAACAAAUUUGCUUGUUUGUCGUCCACGUCGUCAAAAGACUUGUCUUGAUGAGUUUCUUGUUUUGGACGAAGAUGAUUUAACGAACCAGAGACCGUAUAUAACAGGUCAUAAUAGGCUCUAUCACCACACGGAAACGUGUUUACCUGUUCAUCCUAAGGAGCUAGAUAUCGAUUCCGAGGGAGAAAGCGAUCCUCUUUGGCUGCGUCAAAAAACCGUUCAAAUGAUUGACGAAUUUUCGGAUGUGAAUGAAGGUGAAAAGGAACUUAUGAAACUAUGGAACCUGCAUGUAAUGAAAAAUGGAUACGUUGGCGACUGUCAGCUUUCAUUGGCCUGUGAUAUGUUUCUAGAUGCAAAGGGACGAGAAAUCAUUCAAAAAAAUCUAUACCGCAAUUUUAUAUUACAUAUGUGUUCACUAUUCGAUUAUGGGCUAGUUUCACCCGAAACUUUAUAUAAGACUAUUCAGAAACUGCAAGGUAUUUUAAGCAAGUAUCCAGAUGGUCAAAAAUUAAUAACCCAAUCUCGGGCAACUCAGCUAGAUUUUUGGUUGAAUGUGGGAAUCCACAAACAAGUUGAACAAAAACUUAAAUCCCCACAGAAGCAAAAUGAGAGUCGUAACUUAACCGAUGGUUCCUCAACUACUUCAUUAAACAGCCAAACUUCAAAAAAUAUGAAGCCUCCAAAGCCAAAAACUACACUUAUUAGCAAAAGUUCUUUAGGAAUCAAUGUAUUAAAACCCUCCUUGAAUCAGGAUCCGAUAAAUGAUAACACAACAACAAAGAACAAUCCUAUCAAGACGGAAAAACGAUCACCAAAUGAUAUUAAUUCAUCAAAGCAUAUUACUGAAUUAUCAGUUCCAAAACCAUUGAUGAAGAGAAGACUUUCACUACUCAAAGAUCCACCACCGACCAAAAAAAGUAAUCCUCAGAAAUCAACUGCACUACCACCAAUGGAAAAGCCAGUGCACCAAAUUAUAACACGACGACAAUCUAUUUCAGCUUUGAGUCAUCAACAAACUCAUUCCCUUCGAAAUCGUUUAUCUGUUCCUCUAACAAAAGUAGAUAAAGAAAGACAUUGAAUGUUGGACUUAUCCUUUUGAAAAAUGGUAUGCAGUAUAGAACGUGCGAUUAAAAAUGGAGGUAGCAAAGAUAUCUCGAAUUAAAAACUACAUCCUGGUAUGAGAAUUAGAAAGUGUAAGAAAACUGCCCGGUUACACACAGUUUUUUAUGAUAUUUUUAAGAGUUUGAAUUCAAAUAAAAGAAGUAAAAAGA